AUGGCGGAAUCGCAGAAGCGGUUUCUGUACAUUACGGUCCAGGAGGCAUCCGGGAAGAGCAAGGAUCAGGAGGUCCUGUGGGAGCCGUCCUUCACUGAGGGAUUUGUCAGAGUGGAAGUGAGGGGUGGUCCAAAGACCAUAAAGGCCACUACCUUGACGCAGAGCGUACAGAAUCUGGCGAUUUCAUGGAAGCAAGAACUUCGAGUUGAGGUGACCGACGAGUCAAAAGAGAUGCGCAUAAUGCUGUGCAAGGAGAAGCCAAGGGAUGCCACCGGCACGCGGCGCAAAACAGACAUUUUGGCGGCAUGCGGAAUCUAUGUCAAGGACAUCCUUGAGGCUGUCCCCAUUGACAAGUACUUCGAACUCUUCAAACCUGGUGACAGCCCCGAACGUGCUCUUGGUGGCUUCAUUCGGGUUACGCUGAGAGGCCAAAGUGCAAACCAGGGACGGGUGCCAGCUGAGCUUGCACGCAAACCCACUGCUGCUACUCAAGGCCGAGCCCAGCCAUCGGCACCAGCAGAUGGAAGAAAAGGCAGAGGCUUUGGCCGCAUCCUCAUUCUGUGUGGAUUGGCAGCCGCCGUGGCAGUUGCAAAGACUCUGCAGAAGAAGUGA